UGACACAAAACUCAAUCUAAAAGAAACGAGGAAUAGAAGAGAUUUCAGAAAUUGAAAUCUAAAAAGCUUCUCUCAGCUUCAACAAUGGCGGAAGAUCUGGUGCUAGACACGGCGAUUAGAGACUGGGUCCUGAUCCCUCUCUCCGUGGUCAUGGUCCUCAUCGGGAUCCUCCGACACUUCGUCUCCAAACUCAUGCGCUCUAGCCAAGUUCCCGAUGCCAAAAUCGUCAAAGAAGGGCAAUUGAUUGUUAGGGCUCGGAAUUUACGUUCCGGUGCUAAUUUUAUUCCUCCCAGGUCGUUUCGUACUCGCAGAUUCUAUUUCAGCAAUGAGGAAAAUGGGCUAUUGCAUGUUCCUAAGGGUCAGGCUCCAAAUCCCCAGGCACAAAUGUUCUCUGAUCCAAACAUGGCUAUGGAUAUGAUGAAGAAGAACCUUUCAAUGAUUAUUCCCCAGACUCUUACUUUCGCAUGGGUAAACUUUUUCUUCUCGGGAUUUGUAGCAGCUAAAAUACCAUUUCCGUUGACUCAGAGGUUCAGGUCAAUGCUACAGAAUGGAAUUGACUUGAGUACUGUGGAUGUUAGCUAUGUCAGUAGUCGCUCAUGGUAUUUUCUCAAUCUGUUUGGAUUAAGAGGUUUAUUUAGUCUCAUAUUGGGAGAAGACAAUGCCACAGAUGACACCCAGCGUAUGAUGCAAAUGAGUGGGUUUGGCUUUGAUCCAACGAAGAGUUUGGGUGCUGAGAAAGACAGUCUUGACAUAGUUCAGCACGAUUGGGCCCUACCAAAAUUUGAGCAGCGUGCAGAAGCAGUAUUGAGAAAAAUACUCAGCUGAAGAAUGGAAUUUGUUAAUUCCCAGCUUGACAGGGUUAUACACAGCACGGUUCUUUGCUACUUGUUCUUGUUUUCCAGUGUUGAGCUACAUCUUGAGUACCAAGGGGGGCCAUGCCCCCAAAACUUUUAGCCCCUUUUUAAUCUGUUCUAGUUGGAUGCCUUCGAGAGAUAUUUGGUGGCCUCCCAAAAUUUUCAAUUCUCACAACAUUGUAAAAUUAUUAAGGGUUUGUCUUAUCUUGACUGUAACUCUUCAUUUAGUAAUAGAAAAUGUGAAGAACCCAAGUUCUCAUGAGGAGAACCAAACAAUGCUACUAAGGCCAUGUUUGGAUGCAUAUUUUUCAUCACUCAA